AUGUUGAUCUCUAACAAGCCCAGCUCCUUCAACCACACAAAAUCUGCGAAGGAGGGGUUGCUGCCCAGAGUCGCCGCCGUUCGUGCCUUGUCGUCGCCAUUCUGCCUUCCAUCAAGCUUGAACCGUCACUGUUCGUGGAGCUUACCGCUGUCGCCGUUCAAGCUGCUGCUGCCGCCGUCACACGCGACGUCCCGAAGUUCCACUCACCGCCGUCGACGUCGAUCUGAGCAGAGGAAAAGAGGAAGAACGACGGGAAAGGAAGGGAGUCAUCCGCGUCACCACCAUCGAGCCACACUCACCGCCAACGAAGCUUCUGUUGUUGUCGUUGCAGAAAGGGGGUUGUUGUUACUGUCAUGGCCAUCUUCCUUGCCGCUACAACUUCAUUCAAUUCUCAACUGUUGGAACUCGCCGCUGGUACCAAUCGAGACCUUUGCUACUAAUGGUUCACUGAGAUACAAAACAGCCAUUGGUGAUAUAUACAAAUACUAUGUUGAUGGACACUGGAAGAAGUCCUCAUCAGGAAAAUCUGUUCCAAUUAUCAACCCUACCGCUAGAAACACCCACUACAAGGUUCAAGUUAAGUUUGAGAGAGACAAGGAGAGGGGAGUAGUGGCUCAUAGGAGAGCAGUGCUAAGAAAAGAAAGCCAAGUUGCUGAACAUUCUAGAAGGCUUCAUGCCAUUGAGACUCGGAUCAAUCAAGAUUCCUCAAAGAUGAGAAAAAUUGUUGCAAAGGUGUCCAAUUUGCACAGGGUCAAGUGUAUAAAAUUGAUGCAAACAUAAUAGACUUUAUAUUGACUGAAAUAUGUUAGAAGAGUCAAUAAUUAUAAAUUCGAUAUGAUACAAUUUUAUGUUAGGAAAAAAAUUGUGUUUAGUUGAAUUUGUAGAACUUAUUUUAUUGUAAAAGAAUCUUAAUGACAUGUAAGAUAUUUUAAUUA